UUUCCCAGUGGAAAGCGAAGGGGAGCGGCGCUUGGUUGCAAUCGUCCUUCUUGACUUCCCACCCAAGACGACCAACCCCUGGGCUUGGCCGCCUGAAGCCCUUCCCCGUUGGCUUCCGGGAGCAGGAUUCGGAGGAGCGUUGCUGGGAGAAGCGGGCUCCGAAAGGAGACGAAGCGGCGGCGAGGCUCUCUUCUUCCUCUUGGGCGCAAUGCCGGGCGAAAGGCGAGGAGUCUCCUACCUUGGGCGCCAACCCUUCGGCAAAAAGAAAUGCAGUCCUGAAGAAAGCAUUUCCCUUUACAGCAAGCUAACAUAUUCCUGGUUCAGCAGUAUUAUAACUUUAGGCUUCAAAAAACCACUGGAAAGGCAGGACCUGUUUGAGCUCAAUGAAAGUGAUUCAGCCUAUCUUGUGUGUCCAGUUUUUGAAAAGCAAUGGAGAAAGCAACAUUUUAAGUCAGCUAAGGAGACAAAGGUUCCUAUAUAUAAUGAUGUCACUAAGAAGCCAGUUGCCCAAAAAACAUCUCUUCUUUUGCCACUGUGGCAGACGUUUAAAUUCUUAUUGAUCAAGGUUGCUGCUCUGAAAGUUGUGACUGACAUUUUGGCUUUUACAAGCCCACAGAUUAUGAAAGAAAUGAUUCUUCAGUACGAACAUCAUUCGGAUUCAUAUUCAAAUUGUUAUCGGUAUGCACUGGCUCUGCUCCUUGUGGUGGUUCUUCAGACACUUAUACAUCAGGUUUACCAGCGUCUUAACUUUCUCACUGGUGUAAAAAUUAAGACUGCAGUUGUUGGACUUGUGUACAGAAAGGCCUUAACUUUAUCCAGCUCUUCCCGACAAAAAUAUACAACUGGUGAAAUAGUUAACCUGAUGUCUUCAGAUAUCCAGCAACUCAUGGACUUGAGUGUCAACCUCAAUCUUUUGUGGUCAGCUCCUUUUCAGAUCCUGUUGACCAUUGUAUUCCUUUGGCAAGAACUGGGACCUUCAGUCUUGACUGGUGUUGGUGUGCUACUUUUAGUCUUACCUAUAAAUGCGUUUUUUGCUGCCAAAGUACAGCAACUCAAGAAAAGCCAAAUGAAGAAUAGUGAUCAACAAAUUAAACUUCUAAAUGAAAUCUUACAUGGAAUAAAGAUUCUCAAGUUAUAUGCAUGGGAGCCAUCAUACCAGAGAAAGAUUCUGGAAAUUCGGGAAUGUGAAAUAGAUGUUCUGAAAUCCAAUGGAUACCUGACAACAGUUUCCAUGCUGACAUUGACCUGCAUUCCUUUCUUGGUUUCUUUGGCUACAUUUGGAGUCUAUUUUGUGUUAGAUGAAGAAAAUAUUUUAACAGCUGCUAAAGUGUUUACUUCUAUCUCCCUGUUUAAUAUUUUGCGUCUGCCUUUGUUCGAUUUGCCUAUGGUAAUAUCUUCAAUAGCUCAGACAAAGGUUUCCCUGAGUCGUCUGGAAGAUUUUCUGUCUUCUGAAGACCUUUACCCGCAGAACAUUAACUCAAAUUGUACUGGAGAUCAUGCAGUUAAAUUUGUUAAUGCCUCUUUCUGCUGGGAGAAGAUUGGCACCUCAACUUUAAAUAAAUUGAACCUUGAGAUUCCAGAAGGUUCUUUGGUUGCUGUUGUGGGCCAAGUGGGAGCAGGGAAAUCAUCUCUCCUUUCUGCCAUUCUUGGAGAAAUGGAAAGAACAGAAGGAACUGCCGAGAGAAAAGGCUCAGUGGCUUAUGUCUCUCAGCAAGCUUGGAUACAGAAUGCCACUUUGCAAGAAAAUAUUCUCUUUGGCUCAGAAUUGAGCCAGCUCUUUUAUGAAAGGGUUUUGGAGGCCUGUGUUUUGUUGCCAGACUUGGACCAGUUACCAAUUGGAGACCAAACAGAAAUUGGAGAAAGGGGUGUGAAUAUAAGUGGUGGCCAGAAGCAGAGAGUCAGCCUAGCUAGAGCUGUGUACAGCAAUGCUGAACUGUACUUACUGGAUGACCCUCUGUCUGCUGUAGAUGUCCAUGUUGGUAAACACCUUUUUGAAAAGGUGAUUGGGUCCACAGGCUUAUUGAAACACAAGACCCGUGUUUUAGUGACUCACAACCUGACUCUGCUACCUCAGAUGGACAUAAUAGUUGUGAUGGAAGAUGGGAGAAUCACUGAAAUUGGAAGUUAUAAAGAGCUGCUCUCUAAAGGAGCAGAUUUUGCUGAACUUCUUUUGACUUUCGGUGGAGGAAAGGAAGAUGAAGAGAUAUCCUCAGUGUUAAAAUCUUGUCCAAAAGAUAAUAUUAAAAUGAAAGAUUACAUUCUACCAAAGAAAGUGGAACAGUUGGAGAAUAAAAAUAAGAGCUUGUUCUCAAUGAAAAAGGAAAAAGUUGCUAUUGGGACUGUGAAAAUGUCAGUGAUUUCAAAAUACCUACAAGCUUUUGGCUGGUCAUGGAUGUGGCUAACCAUAGUAGCUUACUUAGGUCAAAAUGCUGUAGCCAUAGGACAAAACAUGUGGCUCAGCACGUGGACAACAGAAGCAAAACAUAUUAAAGAUGUUGUGGAAUGGAAACAUUUAAGAAACCACAAGCUCAGGAUCUAUGGGCUACUGGGAUUCAUACAGGGUCUUUUGGUUUGCUGUGGUGCUUAUGUCCUUACUAGAGGAUCUAUUUGUGCCUCUCGGGCACUGCAUCGCCAGAUGCUACAUAAUGUGCUGCGUCUUCCACUUCAGUACUUUGAAACAAAUCCUGUAGGUCAAAUCAUCAACAGGUUUACCAAGGACAUGUUUAUAGUUGAUAUACGUUUCCAUUAUUAUCUGCGGACCUGGCUGAACUGUACCCUGGAUGUUGUUGGAACAAUUCUUGUGAUUGUAUUUGCAUCACCUCUUUUCAUACUAGUAGUGGCUCCACUGGGAUACAUGUAUUUCACUAUCCAAAGAUACUAUAUUGCUAGCUCCCGACAAAUCCGACGUCUGACCGGAGCUUCACAGACACCUAUAUUUUCGCACUUCAGUGAAACACUUCUAGGUGUGUCAACCAUUAGAGCAUAUGGAUGCCAGGAAAGAUUUAUUGACCAAAAUAAAGAUGUGGUCAAUGAAAACUUGGUCUGUUUCUACAACAAUGUGAUUUCAAACAGAUGGUUGGCUAUCAGACUUGAAUUUCUGGGUAACUUGAUGGUAUUUUUUGCUGCACUGUUUACAAUGUUUGCUGGCAGCAAGAUGGAUUCUGCUACAAUGGGACUAGCAAUCUCCUAUGCACUGAAUAUAACUCAAAGUUUGAAUUUCUGGGUUCGAAAAGCAUGUGAAAUUGAAACCAAUGGAGUUUCUAUUGAGAGGGUUUGUGAAUAUGCUACAAUAGACAAAGAGGCCUCCUGGAUACUCUCUAAGAGACCACCUGAAGGAUGGCCCAAUGAAGGAGUGAUACAGUUUGUCAGUUACCAAGCUCGGUACAGAUCAGAUCUAGACUUAGCUCUGCGAGACAUAUCUUUUCAAAGCCAAAGAGAAGAGAAGAUUGGAAUCAUUGGAAGAACAGGAGCUGGAAAAUCAACACUCACGAAUUGUUUGUUUAGAAUACUGGAAAAAGCUGGAGGCAAAAUAAUUAUAGAUGGCAUUGACAUAGCAACCAUAGGUUUGCACGACCUGCGGGGCAAUCUCAACAUUAUUCCACAGGACCCAGUCUUGUUCUCAGGGACACUUCAGUUCAACUUGGAUCCUCUUGGAAAAUAUUCUGAUCUUGAACUAUGGGAAGCACUAGGAUUGUGUGACUUGAAAAAUUUUGUACAAUCACUCCCAAGGAAACUUCUGCAUGAAAUAUCUGAGGGUGGUGAAAACCUAAGUGUGGGACAGAGACAGCUUGUUUGUCUUGCUCGUGCUUUAUUGCGGAAGACCAAAGUAUUAAUAUUGGAUGAAGCAACAGCAUCGCUUGAUAUCGAAACUGAUAAUGUAGUGCAAGCCACAAUACGGAAAGAAUUUCAUAACUGUACAAUAAUAACCAUUGCACAUAGACUACAGUCAAUAAUGGAUUCUGAUCGGGUGCUUGUCCUUGAGUCUGGGAGGAUUGCUGAAUUUGAUACUCCUGACAGAUUGUUACAAAAGAAAGAGCUGUUUCCACAUACUUAGGAAGACAUAAGCUUGAAAGAAUGGAGACAGAAGAAGCUGCACUACCAAAGGGUUCAGCUUACUCUGGCAAGGAUGGAGCUGCAUUUCAUACUACAUAUCCACCCACAGUCAAGAUAGGAAGAUCAAUUCAUUUUGUGAAGACAAAUCCUUUUUAAAAUGUUCAGCACUGACAAGUGACAUUUGUCAGGAUAUCUAGUAAUAUCCUUGCUAUUAGUAAGUUCACAGCACCUUUACAGGAAGUUGCCUAAAAUGUUAGAAUGGAACAUGAGGAUAUUUAAGAAACUUAAGUUUUCAUUUACUAAGAGGAUAUGCUGAAACUGAGGUAUUCUUAAGGUCAAAUAAAUUUACAAUUUAAGGGGCCAGGCUGUGGUGCAGGCUGAUGAGCAGCCUGCUGCAAUAAAUCACUUUGACCAUGAGGUCAUGAGUUCGAGGCCAGCCCGUGGCAAGGUGAGCACCCGCCAAUUAAAAAAAAUAAAAAUAGCCCCUGCUCGUUGCUGACCUAGCAACCAGAAAGAUAGUUCCAUCUAUCAAGUAGGAAAUAAGGUACCACUUAUAAAGUGGGGAGGCAAAUUUAACUAAUUUACGACGUUGGAAUGAGGAAGUGCCAUCACAGUGGAUGAUGAAGCAGCUGCUCCUCCCUGUGGCCAGAAUCGAACUUCCCCUCAGGAGAAGGUUAAAUUGCCUCUGUGUCUGUGUCUGUCUCGGUUCUAUGUGUAUAUGGGCAUUGAAUGUUUGCCCUAUAUGUAUAUAAUGUGAUCCGCCCUGAGGCCCCUUUGGGGUGAGAAGAGCGGAAUAUAAAUACUGUAAAUAAAUAAAUAAAUAAAUAAAUAAAUA